UACUGAGCAUACUUCUUUACAUUGGUUUAAUAUUGAAUAAUUUGAAUUCUACGGAGACUACGGAUCAUUGAGUAUUAAAUAAGUGUUCUGUAUUAACAAACGGGAUGAAAUCGGAUUAUGUUGUAACUUUUAAGACGGAUUUGUUUACUAAUAAUUUUCAGUGAUUAUUUUACUCUGCAGUUUGCAACUGCAUCCUUUUCGGUUGGUCAUACUAUCCAGCAACGUUUGUGGAACAUGGAGACCAAGGAAUUUUUGCUUUAUCAUCACAACAUCGCGAUCGCUUUAUCCGGCAAAUAUACUUCGCUGCCUUCCGGAUGCUUGCAUUAUCAAUCUGGAAAAUCGGACGUGCCGGAAUCGCCUGUCAAAUCCAGCAGCAUCGUUCACGCUAAAACUUUAACUAUCUCCGGACGUUAUCCGGACUCCUGAAAAUUACGGAAAUGGUGUGCACGUUCAGUGCAUUUGUUGCGUCCCUCUGCGGCUCACCACAAAACCCUUGGUUUAUGGCGGAUGUUUACUCGGCAUUGUGGACCAGUAUUGCCACUGCCAUCGCAUUCGUUGCUACCCUGGCACUGCUCAUUGCACAUCUUUUUCAUCUUGUUGAUACAUUCCAUGCCGUUCCUUGGAAUACCAUCGAAAUAAUGUGCUCCCUAUUCGAAGUGCACUGCAUGUUGUUCUCUGGAGCUAUUAUGAUGGCUUUUGCCGAUGCGUUGACCAACAGAAGGAUAUGUGCGCUAUUCUGCUGGGCAGCAGCGAUCGCGUAUGGACGAGACGCCUUCCUUUUCCUUAGAGAUACGCGGCAUACGCCUGAUAGGUUCAUGGAAUCCAGCAUUCAUCCCAAGGACAUGGGAGAGACCACAGGGGAAAAUGCCCGUGUUAUCUCGUCAAAAUGCGAACCGACUGGAAGUUGACAACUGGGCGUAGAUGCCCCUGCUCCCAAAAUUUAGUUCCUUAAUUAUGUUACAGAAGUUAUUUGCAUUUAUCAACGAUAUUAUUUAUGCAUGGUACCGCUUGUCGUUAGAGAACGAUCCCGAUUGAGAAUUUUUAAAAAAUUGUUACUAAAGCAUACUUGGUGGACAUUGUGUGGAAGAUUUCCU